AUGAAUUUUGUGAAAGAAGAAAAAAGUAGCGGAAUCUAUUGUUAUAAUUAUAAUGAUUCCUCCAAAACUCAUGAAGUAUCAAGAAUGGAUAUAAACCGGCUCAGUUGUGAUUUUUCAUCAGAUAGUGAAAAUGUGAAGUAUGAAAAGUAUUUGACCCAGAGGAGAUUCCAUGAACGGCAAGAGCAGGAGGCCCGUGAUAAGCUGGAACGAGAAAGGAAAUUAAGAAAAUUAGAACAACAAGAACGAAUUUACGAUAAUUUAUUGAGUGCAAUUAAACGCAGCGAUAAUCCUGAAGAAUAUUCUCACGUUAGUUUAGAUUACGAAGUCCUACGAAAUGGUCGAACGCUAGAAAAAUUAAAAACCACACAAAAAGAACGCCGUCAAGAGCUAGAGAAAGAAAUUAGAAAUAUAUUGGUAAUUGGAUACACGGGUAGUGGCAAAUCUACAUUAUGCAAUGUACUGGCCAAUAAAGAUAAUGAAUUCACCGAAAUAUUUAAGGAGUCUGAUGGUCACGCGAGUGGGACUAGAAGUAUUCAAGCUGAGGUGUUCGAACACAAAAGAAUAAAAUACCGAGUAAUUGACACAAUAGGAUUCGGCGAUACGAAGUUGAAGCCAAGGGAGAUCAUACUUGCAAUAGCUGAGAGCUAUAAAAAGAUCGAAAAUGGAUUAAACCAGGUUUUUUUUGUAAUUAAUCAAAGGUUUGAUCCCAAGACAUUAGAAAUGUAUAAAACAUUAAGAAGUGUUCUAUUUGAUGAAGGAAUUACCGAUUACAUUACUGUUGUAGGAACUCAUGCAAAUUAUUUUAAAGAUAAAAAUAAAUGUAAGGAAGCCGUCCAAAAACUAAUCGAAGAGGACAACAAGGAGGUUAUUGAAAUUAUUAAAUUGUGCGGUGAAAGGUUCAUUCAUGUAAACAACCCAUCAAUUGAUUACGAAGAAGACGAUGAUAGUAUUAAAAAAAUUAAGGAAAAGCGUGAAGAAUCAAGAAAAAUUCUAUUAAAUCACUUAGAAAGUUGCCGAAAAGUAUAUAAGCCAAAGGAUUCGGACGAAAUAAACAAAAAAAUAGAUAGAGUUGUGAUACGUGAAAUUAAAAAUUUGCGAAAAGAAAAAAGUAGUUUAGAAGAAGAAUUGAGAAAAACGGAGAUGUAUAAUAGUUCGGAAAAGGUUCAAUCGACAAAAGAUAGAAUAAAUGCGAUAGAAGAACAAAUAGAGAUUGAAGAAGCACUUCUUGAAGAAUCGGUGCUUAGUGUUAUUGGCAAAAAAAUAGAUGAAUUGCUGAAAAGAAUUUCAAA